UUUAGCAACGUGCGCUACAGCCUCUCUCCGAAUUCCGCUGAAAAUCAUAGGCCACAGUCGAGUGAAAAACAAAGCGCGUGCAAAAGCUGCCAACGAUCCAAGGGAAUUUUUCUACACAACAAGCAAUAAUUAAAUGCAUCAAUUACAGCGAAAAUAAUCGAGCGUUGUGUGUGUGUACGGAGCGGAGAGAGAUUAAAUAAAAUAAUAAACCCGAUUUACAACAAUGUUAAGUGUGGAAACCUUUGGCACGCAACUAAAAACGGAGGCAGCGACGUCGGCGUCGCAGUUCGCAUUGUGUAUAAUAAAAUUGGCGAAAGGCGAAAUGAAUUGAGCAGGCAGCGGACCCAAAAAGGAGAGGCGGAGCAGGAGCAGGGGGCGGGGCAGCAGGGAGCGGCAGGAUACGAUACUAGAAAGCAGAAAGCCGAGGAAGAUGUGCGCGCACAAUACAAAAAAUUACAAAGCAUACUUUUGGGAGCGGCAAAUGGCCAAAAUCAACAGAAACAGCAAAGGCAAAGGCAACAAAAGCAACAGCAACACCAACACCAGCAGCCACACCAACACCAGAGCAGCGGCGCCGGCAGCAUCACUAAGCGCAAAAACAAAAACAAAGGCACCAACAGCAGCAUCAGCAACAACCACAGCGAUGUCACCGUUACAACGGAACAUUUGCAAAUAAGCAAUAGGUUAGAGCAAGAGGGCAGGAGAUAGCGCCAGGAGAGAGCAGUGAAAGCGCAAAAGGGAGAGGGAGCGAGCGCAAGGUCUGGGAAAAUGGCCAACGCCUUGCGUGGGUGCAGCCAAAAGGACGAGCAGUGAGAGGGACAGCGACAGAGAGCGAGCGAGAGAUACAGAGAAUCGUAAUCCUUGCAGCUGCAAAGCAGAUAAAAUCACGUAUCCGCCAUGGAGCCCGUGAUGAGUCUGGCAUUGGCCGCCCACGGACCGCCUAGCAUACUGGAGCCGCUGUUUAAAACCGUAACCACGAGCACAACGACCACCACGACCACGACGACCAGCACGACGACGACGACGAGCAGUCCUGCGGGAUACGCGCCGGGAUAUCCGGGGGGCACCACCCUCCUGACGGCCCUGCUCGAGAAUCUCACGUCGACGGCGGCCAGCGGACUGUACGAUCCCUACUCGGGCAAUCAGACGAACGGCACAAUGGGCUUCGAGACGAAGGGACCCCGCUACUCACUGGCCUCCAUGGUGGUCAUGGGCUUCGUGGCGGCGAUUCUGAGCACGGUGACAGUGGCGGGCAAUGUCAUGGUGAUGAUAUCCUUCAAGAUCGACAAGCAGCUGCAGACGAUCAGCAACUACUUCCUGUUCUCGCUGGCCAUCGCGGACUUUGCCAUCGGGGCCAUAUCGAUGCCGCUGUUCGCGGUUACCACGAUUCUGGGCUACUGGCCCCUCGGUCCGAUCGUUUGCGACACCUGGCUGGCACUGGACUACCUGGCCUCGAACGCCUCAGUUCUGAACCUGCUGAUCAUCAGCUUCGAUCGGUACUUCAGUGUCACACGACCGCUGACAUAUCGCGCCAAGAGGACCACCAAUCGGGCGGCUGUGAUGAUCGGCGCCGCCUGGGGCAUCAGCCUGCUCCUCUGGCCGCCGUGGAUCUACAGCUGGCCCUACAUCGAGGGCAAGCGGACGGUGCCCAAGGACGAGUGCUACAUCCAGUUCAUCGAGACCAACCAGUACAUCACCUUCGGCACGGCACUGGCCGCCUUCUACUUCCCGGUCACCAUCAUGUGCUUCCUCUACUGGCGCAUCUGGCGCGAGACGAAAAAGCGGCAGAAGGAUCUGCCCAACCUGCAGGCGGGCAAGAAGGACUCCAGCAAGCGAUCGAACAGCAGUGACGAGAACACGGUGGUGAACCACGCGUCCGGCAACCUGCUGACCUUCGCCCAAAUGGGGGGCAACGAUCACGACACCUGGCGGCGACCGCGCUCCGAGAGUUCAGCGGAUGCGGAGAGUGUCUACAUGACCAACAUGGUCAUCGAUUCCGGCUACCAUGGGAUGCACUCGCGCAAGUCAAGCAUCAAAAGCACGAACACAAUCAAAAAAUCGUACACCUGCUUCGGCAGCGUCAAGGAGUGGUGCAUCGCGUGGUGGCACUCCGGUCGCGAGGACUCCGACGAUUUCGUCUACGAGCAGGAGGAGCCUUCUGAUUUAGGGUAUGCAACACCAGUAACAAUUGAAACUCCUUUACAAAGCUCCGUCUCCAGAUGCACCUCGAUGAACGUGAUGCGGGACAACUACUCGAUGGGCGGCAGUGUGAGCGGCGUCCGUCCGCCCAGCAUUCUGCUGUCGGACGUCUCGCCCACGCCGCUGCCACGCCCGCCGCUCGCCUCCAUUUCGCAGCUGCAGGAAAUGAGUGCGGUUGCUGGCAAUGGCAAUCCGACUGCGAACGCGAAUUCCAGCAGCACUGGCAAUGGCGCCAUCAACAUCAUCAACAACAACAACAACAGCAACCACAAUGGCAAUGGCACGGCAAAUGGAAAUGGCGGCGCGGGCGGAAACGGAAGUGGGGCAGCCGGAAAUGCGUCGCACCGCGACUCGCGCACACUGCCCGUGAUCAAUCGCAUUAACUCACGGUCGGUGAGCCAGGACUCGGUGUACACGAUACUCAUCCGCCUGCCGUCCGAUGGGGCGUCCAGCAAUGCGGCCAACGGAGGUGGAGGAGCUGGUAAUGCGGGUGCUGGCUUAGGGGGAGGAGCUGCCUCGACAACCUUGAGCCUGCAAGGCGACUGUGCACCCUCCAUCAAGAUGAUACAUGAGGACGGGCCCACAACGACGACGUCGGCAGCUGCACCGUCAGUCGCCUCCGCCGCCACCGCAGCCGCCACGCGGCGACCUUUGCCCUCGCGCGACUCCGAGUUCAGCCUGCCACUCGGCAGGAGGAUGUCCCAUGCCCAGCACGAUGCCCGACUACUCAACGCCAAGGUCAUACCUAAGCAGCUGGGCAAGGGGGCGGUGGGCGGUGGCGGAGUGGGCGGGGCCCAUGCCCUAAUGAACGCCCGCAAUGCGGCCAAGAAGAAGAAGAAAUCGCAGGAAAAGCGGCAGGAGUCGAAGGCGGCCAAGACGCUCUCGGCCAUCCUGCUGAGCUUCAUCAUCACGUGGACGCCGUACAACAUUCUGGUGCUCAUCAAGCCACUGACCACCUGCUCCGACUGCAUUCCCACGGAGCUGUGGGACUUCUUCUACGCCCUCUGCUACAUCAACUCGACGAUCAACCCCAUGUGCUACGCCCUGUGCAACGCCACCUUCCGGAAGACCUACGUCCGCAUCCUCACCUGCAAGUGGCACACCCGGAAUCGCGAGGGCAUGGUGCGCGGCGUCUACAACUAGAUAAUUCACACUUAAUCAUAAUUAGCCAUCUGGCCAGAGAGAAGGAUAACUACUAGUAGUUGCAAUAAGUGUUGUGUGCUACAAUUUAUGGGAGGCAGUAAAACCAAAACUAGGCUUAGGAUUACCCAUUGACAAGCAGUACUGAUUUUUUGAUGUCCAGCCCCCGACUAUAUACACGCAUUACCACACCGCGAGGGUUGCCACAUAUAUUUAUUUGCCAGAACUGAGGUUUGCAGGACUUGAGUCCAUUCUUAGAUAGUUUUAAAGGGCUCUUAUAAAGUUCUUUAAAGGACAACCAAUUUCAAGAUCACUGUAUUCCCGAUCUCAGAUCACCUUUCCUUCUCUGACUGCGUUCAGAGCCUUAAGUUCCCAGAGUUAAGGCCACCAACUGCUUCCAAGUACGCCAAAGAUCUCAUUCAGCCAUCUCUAGACUUAAUUCCCGAGGCAACCCUCCACAGCACCUGGGCAAGAAUGAUCCUCAUGAUCAUGAUCCCGAAGAGCGAGAGGUUCCAUUUUGUUAGGCGUUCACGUACUGUUAGGUAGGCACAUGCUCGAUGCAAGAAGAAUUUAAUACAAAUAUAAUGGAUUACGGUUUGCAAUUCAUACACAUACACAUAUGUUAAGGAUAUAUAUUUAUUAUUAUACACAUGGCAAAUGAGUUAGCUUAAGUUGUUCGGCGAGUGGCAGAAACCCAAAAAGCUUUAAUACAAGUUCAAAGUAGUUCAACGAAUGGCGGUUGCAUCUUGGCCAACCAAUGGAAACGUUAUGUUCUGGUUGCGAUUUUCGUUGUGUAGGUUGGGUGACAUGAUAUGAUAUGAUAUGUACGAGUAUUUAAUCGUAGGGGGAAUAUUGUGAUUGUACUGCUCGUUUCCGAUAGUUUGAAUCAGUUUUUUGUACAUGUGCGUAGAAGCCAAAGAGUAAAACUAAUGAACUAAAAACCAAACCAAACCGUGCAAAUCAAUUUGUAGACACAUACCUGCUAAUAUAUCUGAAUAUGUAUGUAUAAAAUAACGAUUAUUUGUAUGUAUUAAGAAAGCAACCCACCAUGGUUCAACAACUAAGAACAAACAUUUUGUAACUGACGAGGACAGCAUCCCGAGGACCGGAUCGGGGUGAUCUAUGUGAAACCAAAAAAACCAAGAGUAACAACAGUAACGCAAGCAAUAUGUUUGGGGCGACUGUCGAAGAGAUGGCCCAGUUGAGGGAGGAUCAAGGA